UCAGUAACAAUCAAAAAUUCUCGUUUUAGAACAUUUGACUAUUUGUAACAAUUACGGAGUUAUGAUAGGGUUUUAAGCGGCUCUCCAUGGAGUAUCAAGAGCAGAAUGGAAUAUUGUAUGAAGUAGUUGUUUCAGCAGAGUGGCCAAGCCAUCUCCAGGCAGCAGACAGUGAUGCGUCCAAGGAUGCCGAAAAAUCGGAGAAACCCAAUGGCUGGAGUGUAGUUUUACUUCGGCCGUUGUUGUGGUUCUUAUCGUGGAUUUCGUGGUGGUUAUGGGAAUUUGUUGGGCGGUAUUCUGUUCCGGAAAAUUUUAUGCAUUUAUGGCGUGCACAGAUUCCUUGGAAAAUCGCCGUUGUUCGUUCGGAACACAGCGACAAACCAGACAAUCCCACUUACGCUGCCAUUGUUAAAUCUACAAACCUGGAAGUCCGUCGAUUCAGUGAUGAAUUCGUCAAAGCCGUGGAAGAAAUUCGCAUUAGCGGCGAUUCGUAUCCAUAUUUACGCAAAAUUGCCUGGAGCCCAGAUGGAAAGUUCGUGGCCCUGGUUCAGUCAGAUGGGAAGUUGACGAUAUUUGACCGCAGCAGCGGGAAAUCUUGUCAACAAUUUGCUUCGAAGCCAUGGGCCAUCGCUGGACAACUGAUAAGACUGCGCAUCGUCUCGGAAAUCUUAUGGACAAAUCCAUUUACUUCGGAAGAUGCGCAUGGAUUGGUGCUGACGCUGCUAAACGGCUCGAUGCGACUGUAUGGAAUUAGUCAUGAUGGAAAGAUUUGCGAACGAUCCACAAUAAAGACAAGAUCGCGAAAAACGUUUUUAUCCAAAUGCAUUUGUGCGGCAGCGUACGCAAGGAAAAGUGAUCUCGUAGUUACCGCCUCCAGCAUUAACCAGGCAGUUGACGAAGAUCUGGAUGUAUCAUGGAAAGCUGGCCUUGUGCUUUGGCGUAUGGUCAACGAGGUUCCAUUCCUGGUUCCCGCUCCUAAAACCGAUACAUCCCAGGCGCGGAAUUCAGCAGUUUUAUAUUCCAAAUUUGUGCGAGCUCGAGAUGGUGUUAUAAAAAUGGCAUUGAAUCAAUCAGAGGAUGCUCUGGUCACCCUUUUUGCUUCUGGAUGCGUAGCAGUCUGGGCAUUCCCCAGUUUGCGCUUGCGAAGAUUAUGGAUGGCUGAGGACAUGCCAAAAUAUACCGCUCCAUCGUCCAAUACAAAACUGAGAUUGAAAAAGGAAAGUUUUUCUCUGAUCAAGGACUUGUCAUCCUUUCCUACGGAUGUCGAAUGGUGGUCUGAUAGUGUGAUCAUUCUGUGCCAAGCGAACGGAGCCGUAUCGUUGCAAGAUAUAACUGGACGAGAAUUAUUCAACAUUACUCAUGGAUCAUUUGAACGGUUUCGUCCUGGUUGUAAAAUUUCAUGCAGCUUUUCAGACACUUUUCUUGUUCUAGAGGAGGAAAGCAGUGGGAAACCGUGGGAUGGAUCUGAUAGUUUGGAUGGAGAAAUAUCUGUACUUAAUACCUCCGAUCUCAGUGAUGAUUCAGAAGAUAUGCGGUCGAUUUUAUCAGAAACCUUAGCCUCUCUGGGGUUCGAAGAGCCUGUGCCUAUCACAAAGCCAAAGAAGACUGUCUCCGCUUACCGCUUGAAUUGCUUCCAGACGGCUUCUCCUCUUGAAAUGUUCAACAGAAAACUUGGGAAUGAGGAAUAUGAGGAAGCACUGGUUAUCGCGCAGCGGUUUGGACUGGAUUCUAAUUUGGUCUAUCAGAAGCGGUGGUUAAAAAGCCCUGUUACGAAGGAGGCCAUUUCGGAUUACUUGGUGAAAAUUUCAAACCCUUUCUGGGUAUUGCGAGAAUGCCUGGAUCGUGUACCAUCUGAUCCAGAUGUCGUGCGGGACUUGUUGAAUGUUGGACUGCGGCUGACUAGUUUGUCCAACAUCCUUGCGCUGCACCCUGAAUGCUGUCCAGAAAUUGUGUCAGCAGCCGCGCCGGUUUUGAAGAAAUCUCGCUCGGCAAAAGCGAGGGUGAAUUACGACAUUGAUUGUUCGCCGGAAAAAGUCGACAUUUCGAAGCUUCAUCCGGAACAGAUUUCCAUGAUUGGUCACCGACGUCAGCUGUUGCGUUAUAUUGACAUGCUAACAGUGUACGAAGAGAUCCUGGGUGGUGGCGAGAAAGCUUUGCGGUAUUUCUUAGCGACGGAAUACAAAGAAAUCAGGAGAGGUUCCUUUCUGGAAUUGGCGUUGCACUAUGCACAAAACUGUAAACCCGAAGAACUGCAUACGUUGCGAUUUCUGCGGUCUGAUGAGUUGUUACCUUUCUGGUUGGAUAUUCUGUCGAAUUUUCCGGAAACGUUUUCGCCAGAGAAAUACCAGUUUCUUAUUCCAUCGACAUUAAGCGGCGAAAUUUUAAAUCUUCCGGAUAAAAAUCGUCGGCCGCCGGAUUGGAGCGAACAAGAGCCAUUCAGUUCCGUUAAUGAUCAGGGAACCUUGGAGUAUAACGAGAAUCUCAGCAGAAUGCAUGGAGCUUUGCUGUAUAAAGGAGAUUUCACACCACAACAACUUGGGGAGUGGCUGCGUACUCGGACCUUGGAGAUCGAAUCGCGGACCGGUCUGGUUGAGAAUUCCCAACAGAUGAUUAAAAUCGCUACGGCAAAAGGACUUCAGGAUUUUGCCACGCUUCGCAACGAUUUCGAAACUUUGAUUUCGCUAGUGUACGGCGCUCAGCUGCACGAUAUGACCUUUGAAAAACUGAAAAUCUUGUCCGAUGAACAAGUUUUGCGGCUGUUUGAUAAAUGUGAAUUGGUUUCUUUUCCAUCUGUGUUACGAUUGCACAUCCUGCCAUUUUUGAAACGAUGUGAACUGAAGCGGUCAGGCGAUCCUCUACGCCUUCUGCGGGAUUAUUUGGUCGAGAUUUCAUCGGCUCCGAAUACUUUGGACAAAUGCCUGAAAAUUUUUCAGCAGUCGCUACCAAAUAUGCCCGAUCCUAUCAUUUCAUCGGCAACUGCGUGUGUUCAGUUAGCAGUCGACUGUAUUUAUGCAAAUUCGCGCCUGGACCAACUGGAACAAAUGAAAGCCAUAUUGGAAUGCUUGCCCAGUCAGGUCGAACAGGGCGGUAAAGGAGAUGCGAUAGAUCCUGCAUUUGAACAAGCAUCGGAACUGGAGGAAUUUAUUCGCUGCAUCGAGUUUUUCAGCCAGUUCGGUAUUCAGCUAGGAGUGCGCAGUCUCCGAGAAAUUAAGCACAACGAAGCGAUGCUUUUGGACUUUCUCUCGCAUUUUUUGAAAGUCACUACUCAGAAGUCGCCCGGUUUCAGUGAAAAUGAAUGGCGGAACAUUUUUUCGCAGUACUCAAGAAUUUGUACACGGUUGUUUCCUAUGGGAAAAAAGGAUAUGAUCAUCGAACUAUUCGCCGGAGCGUUAUUGAGAUCCGGAAAAGUUCCGUGUAUUAAAUUGGGUACAAAAUUUUUGACCCUUCCCAGCGCACCAGCAGCUAUGCCAUUAAAAUCCAUAGACUCUGAGACAUGGGUUGUCUCGGAACAUCUGAGCCAAGUUAAAAGUAUAGCACUGCUUGUAACGGUUGGCAAAGAAUAUUUCAACAAUUCUGACAACUGGAAAGAUCCUCGUCUGCAGCAUGCGCGACGCUGUUUUGAACUCAUCCAGGAAGUGUCCGAAGACGCCAGGCGGGAACUGAAGUUAAUCGCUGCCUUGGAUUUACUGCAUAUGUGCGGUGUCGAUGCCGAGCCGCUAGAUCUACGAACCAAUCCCGAUCGGUUUCGUUUUGUCCAGCAAGUACUGAAUGUGAACAAUACUAUCUACAAGUAUGUUGACCGGGUAAUGGAACUAACCGAUGCUCUGGAAAUUAAAGAAAAAGCCAGGAUAGUUGAAAUGGUUGCUGGAAAAGCUUUUGACCGGAACGAGUACGCCUUUUGCCGAGAUUUGUGCGAAAGACUGAUGGACGAAAAACGAGAAAGCUCUUGGGAAAUCUGCUUGAAGCUGGCCACUGUUGAUGAAUUUCCCGAUACAGAUUUCAAAAAAGAUCUUUUUAUUUUUGCUGUUGCAUCUUGCCCGGCUGACAGGUUGUCCGAAGUUAUGGAAAAGAAAAAUCAGUUUGAAAUGAUGAAAUUAAAGUCUGGACUUGCAGAAUUUAAUCCAUCGGAUGUGCCGCUUGAUUGGAUCGAUCCAAUUGCGAAGCUACCGAUUGAUCCCUGUUGGAUAGAUUCCGGAAUGGAAAUGAAGUCUACAUCGGUGGAGGAAAUGUUCGUAAAGCUAAAAGGGCUAUCGACAUCGAUCGAUUAUUUGACUCAAGAAAAUUUGAUGAACGAUGAAAUUGUUGAGGUGAAUCAUUUUAUUAUCAGCUUGGUAAUGGAAGUUGUAAAGUUUGAUGUUUCGCUGAGUCUGCAACUGUUGGGAUUCUUGAGAAGAAAAACCGGCGCGGAAGAAUUUUUCGAUAUGGUUCCAGAAACAGCUUCUGUGACGCAUCUCGCUGCUUAUUUCUACGCGUUGGAAUCACAGUUGUCGUUUUCCGAUGUCGGUAUUCGGACACUGUUGCAAACGCAUUUGAAUGAUGUAAUAAAAUCAUCUCCCAGUGCUGACAAAAAUUUGGAAUAUGUCAUGGAACUGCAAGCCGGUUACCGGAAGUAUUUGUCUAAAUUACAGCCGUCCACACCACAGACGAAAUCGGCGUGCAAGGAAAUGAGGAGGACCAGAGGUUCAGCAGCUAUACAGUCUGCCUCCAAGUCCAGCAGUGCUAGUGCGAAUGUAGCCGUGACUUUGAAAGGAGUAGAUGAAGUAAAGUUCCGCAGCGAUUCGGAGUAUCGUACGAAGUCUAUUUUGCGCUCCGCUGCCAGUAAGGACCCGGUCGCGGUCAAGAAUGCUCUAAAAUUGGCGGCUGAACAUGGAAUUGCGAGUUGGGAAGUCGUAGCUUCCUUUGUCAAGUUUUUAUACACGCAGAGUGAUUUAACGGCAGAGACGAUUAACGUAUUGGUCCAAGAAAAUGGCGAUUUGAUGGCACAUGUGAAAGAAAACCGACAGGACUUCAUCAAAUUUUCGGGACAACAUAUCCAGCCAUUGAUGGCUAAUGCUGAUAUAUCGAUUCUGGAGUCAUAUUACGAUUUUCUGGAAAGUAUUAAGAAAAUGCGAUGAGGUGAUGCUUUGUUAAGGACAUUGGCGCAAUGGAGGUGGAAUUAAGUUUGGAUAAUGAAGUUUUAGAAAUUUUAUGUCGUUGCUCAUUUUUCUAGCGAAAGAGGUUAAUAUAAAUGUUCGUUUGGAAUACAGUUUAUUAUUUGCGCUUGUUGACAAUUUUGGUUGGAUUUCGCAAACAUGAAUGUCGUUAGGCUCGGUACCGGAAAACUGCCGGUAGUGUACCAGCAGUAAUUAAAGGA